GGGAAACAGACACUCACGAAGCUGCUGCGAGGGUGGAAGCAGACGCAGAGCGCAUGGAUGAAGACUGCACGAGCAUGCCCAUCGGUCGCGCAGCAGUAGCCGCAGCAUCAGCAGCAGCAGCAAGCUGUAAAGGACAACGCAUCGACAGGCACUUCCUGGAGAGCAGCGAGUGGACACUGGGACUGGACGAGGACUUCCUGCCGCCAUUACAGCUGGACAAGUAUCAGCCAGCAGAGACACUGCUAGACCGACAUCCGGCAGCUGCAGCAAAGCAAGUCGACGAAAUGGAGACGUGUGGGAGUACAGACAUCGCAGACCAUGCAGACGUGGGAGAAGCAGUGCAGGACGAGACACAGAGUGUCCGCUCAAUACAGGACAACGCCUCUUGCAGCUCGCAUCUCGAGAGCAUCGACCGUUUCUUCCAUCCAGCUACUCAGACAGUCUUGCAGCCAAGCAAACGCACUCGAGAAUCGUCAGAAGAGCUGGUCGAGGAUCCAUUCAAUCUUGCACAUCUCAUUAGCAGGAAACGUCCAAGGCAGACUGGGAAUUGGCAAGGUCAAUUCAGCAGUCUUCAGUCGAAUCACCACAGCAUGGACAUUUAGACUCUAAGCAAUACACGC